AUACAACUGUUCCGAAAAUGGCAGCUAUCUUAUUCUUGGUGGCCUUGGUUGCUUUGGUCUAGAGCUUGCAGAUUGGCUCGUACUUCGUGGAGCCAAAAAAUUAGUCCUCACGUCCCGAAAAGAAAUCGGUACUGGGUAUCAACGAAUGCGCUUUCACAUUUGGAAAAACUACGGAGUCAAAAUUGUCGUUGUAGUAGGAAAGGAUGCCUCAAUUCCCGAGGAUUGUGAGGCCAUCUUAAAAAAAGCGACAGCACUUGGACCAGUUCACGCUAUCUUCAACUUGGCUGUAGUAUUGAAGGAUGCUCUUUUCGAAAAUCAAACGGUGGAGUCAUUCAAGGAACCUUUCGUAGCUAAAGCUAGGGCCACAGAGCAGUUGGAUAAAUUAUCAAGGACGUUAUGCCCGCAACUGAAACAAUUUGUAGUGUUUUCAUCGGUUUCUUGUGGCAGAGGUACUGCAGGACAAACGAACUACGCAAUGGCCAAUUCGAUCAUGGAAAGAAUAUGCGAGAGAAGAUCAGCAGAGAACUUACCAGGAUUAGCCAUUCAAUGGGGAGCGAUCGGUGACGUCGGAAAAGCCGCAGAAAUGGGUGAAAAUUAUAAAGAAUUAGUUACUGGCGGUACUCUACCACAGAGAAUUGAUUCUUGUCUGCAAGAGCUUGACGGCUUCUUACAACAAAAAAGCCCAAUAGUAUCCAGUAUGGUGAUUGCUAAGAAAACGGCUCUUACUAACGGAGCUGAACAUAUUGUCGAUGCGAUCGCAAAUAUAAUGGGACUCAAGAACAUGAAUAGCAUGUGUGUACAUACACCAUUGCCAGAACUAGGAAUGGACUCUAUAAUGGCAGUUGAAAUCAAAUAUACAUUGGAGCAUGAAUUCAAUAUUUUCUUGACCACAUCGGAAAUCCGUCAUUUGAAUUUUGCGAAACUCCAAGAUAUGUCUCAGCGAGACAGCAAAAAAUAUGAAAAUCGGAAAAAGUCACCGCAGCAACUAGACGAUUCUGCCAGCAUAUUCCAACUCCUUAAUAUUUUAACAGUUGAGGGGAUGUCGAAAAAUGUUUGUGUGCCUCUGAUGACUACAGCUGAGGAUGCAAGACAAGUCUUCAUAUUACCAGGAAUCGAAGGUGCAUGUACGAUAUUUAAGGCAAUAGCUGGCAAACUGAAAUCGGCAAACACCGCCUGUUUACAAUACGGACCAUCUUCCCUGAACACAACAUCGAUAGAUGAGAUGGCCGACUAUUUGAUUCCCUAUAUCAAAGCACGAAGCAUGGACCGCAAGAAGUUUUUAUUAGUUGGGUAUUCCUAUGGAAGUAUAGUGUCUAUCGAGCUUGCAAGACGUUUGGAAAAUGAGGGUUUCACUGGUCGCCUUGUGAUGCUCGACGGCUCACCUGACUACGUCAAAACAUUCUUGUCAUCCUUGACGACAAAGUCUGAAGACGAGCUGCAAACUUUCGUGUUUUUGAAGAUUAUGGAUGCGGUGGCAUCAUUCGCAGUUUCAAAGCUUACCACUGAGUUAUUUAGCUGCCGUGACUGGGAGGAGAAAAUAGCAGCGUUCACAAGAAAUAUGCCAAAAAAUAAUUUAUUGAAUUUUACACCGGAGGAUCAAAACACCUUGUGCUUAGGUAUUUAUCGUCGCAUAAAGGCCCUCCUGGACUAUGACUGUUCAAACCUACUACCAAUCAAGUCUCCAGUAACCUUAGUCAGAACUAGAGCUUCAAGCAUUUUGUUCGAUACAGAAGACUAUGGUCUGAAACGCCUUACGCAAAAUAAGAUGAAAAUAUACUAUGCGGAAGGAGAUCACAUCACGAUGCUGAAUGACGAUAUUUGUGCGGCGGCAAUUAACGAGGAACUCGCCCUAAAUGUUAUACCUGGUUCAAAGUGAGGGGUAUAAAAAACUGCGUAUAUCUCGAAAACCAUCUCUACAUAACAGCACGACAUGUAACUUUGCGCACUAUGAAAAAGUCAGGAUAAUUUAAUCGAAUAAAAGAGUUUAUCUAAGUCUAA